AUGAAUGUUCUAUCACCAAAAAAGAAAAAUGUUUAUCUAGAUAAAAUAAAUGAAAAUUUAGCAUCAUUUUUUCGAAUUAUUGAUAAAUUCGAUCAAAUUCUUAAUGAAUUAAGUCAGCUGAGUAAUGGAGCAACGAUUCAUAUAAAUGAUAUAGAAAGAAUUUUCGGAACAAAUGAUGAUGAAGAUAACGGAGACGAAAUAGAAAAUAAAGAACAACGAUUGGUAAUUCAUUAUGAAAGAGAAGCUUUGGCUGGUGAGAAAUUAUGUCAGUUAAAUGAGAAUUUGAAUAUUUCAAUGCGGGAAAUUCGGCGAUCCUGGAAUACACUUGAAAAACAAGGUGCAGCAAUAACAAAAUCAGUCUUUCAAUUACCUAAACUUAUUCGACUAUUUCUCGAUUCAACUAAAAACGAUCUCGAUUUCAAUGAUUCAUAUUUCAGAUGUGAAAUAACUCAUCUUAGUAAUCAAUUUCCUGUUGUUGGUCAAUUUUAUUAUGAGUUAUGUCUUGAAAUUCAAACCAAUCUUAUUGAUUUAUCCAAUAUGAAAAAAAUAAAACAUUUAGCAACUAUUUUAGAGUUACUUUCAUCUCGAAUGAUUUCGAUUUCAGCACCUAUCCAGAUUAUUCGUCAAAUACAAACAAAACUAACUUGA